GGAAUUCCAAAAGCGGUGCCCACUGAGGAACUGCAUGAUAUUGAUAUGGAGAAAUAUGACAAAAAUCCCAGGCGCUUUCUUGCUCAAGAUGACUCGUCUUCUCCUGAUCUCAAUGAUAUCCAAGAGUACAGGCCCCAGCCCAAGAAGAACAACAAGAAAGACAUAAACAUUCAGUUAUCAAGAUCACUGUUGGAUGAGCCAGAGGUUAUUGUUUAA